AUGAAUCUUGCCCCCCUCCACCCGGCCGCUGCCGUUGCCAGUACAGGUACCGCCUUACUCGUGUUUUACCCACUCCUCCCCUCCUGCAAACACCGUGUCGUCGCCGCCACGAGCCCCGACAUUAUCAGGGUCAAUGAGCUGUAUUUCUAA